AAGUACUGGAGGAGGGGGGAAUUACCCUCAUCUCAGUCUCAAAGUCCCUCGCCCUGAAGCCAAAGGCAGAUUUCUCUGGAGAUAACAAAGACACUUUGUCACUUUGGGCGCUGCCUCGGUGCAAAUCUUUAAUUGCAAGGGAGUUGCGGGACGGGGGAGGAGGAUCGAGUGUCUCAAGCAACCCAAGCGCGGGUCUCCAGGCGGCAAGGCCCCCUUUGAUCAGGAAAAUCCAAUUAUUUGUGUAUAUACAUUUCCCACAUAGUGAUUACUUCAUUAAUUGUCCCGCCUUUAUCUCCUCCCUUCCCAUCCCCCCUAAUAAUCAGUUCUUUUAUCCCGACCAACAAACACACCAUAGGAGCUUUGUGGAUUCAAAGGAUUUGCUUUCGCUUCUGAAAGAGCCGCUAUUCUUUGAUGAUUGGGUAGCGGCAAACUUCAAAGCCAUAAAUCUUCCCUCUGACUGGCUGGCGGCCCAGCAAAGUCCUUAUCAAAUUCUUGGAGGUGAUCCUGAAGCGCUCAGACCGCGCGCGGGGCGAGCGAGCGGGGCGCGGCGAGAGGCGCAGGCGGGAGGGCCCCGGAGCGCAGAGAGGGCGCCGGGGAGGGACACUGGGCGGCCGUUCGUCCUCGCCUUCGGGUCUCCAUGCCUCGGCAGCGCCCUGCUCCGCAGCCAACGGCCCGAAAGCUGUAGCUAUGGCCGCCGUGGCCGUCCUCCGGAACGACUCGCUGCAGGCCUUCCUCCAGGUCAGGUCUGGGCUCGGAGGGAGAUAGGGAAAGGUGGGAAGGGUCGCGUCCGGAUCGAUCGUGGUACUCUGUGCACCCUGAAUCUCAAAGGGACCCUGUUCGGUGGAUGCAGCUGGAGUCAGACCUAGUGGUGCCCACGUCAACUUCGCACCUAACCGUGGUGUCUAGAGUGUGGCCUUUGGGGGAGGGACGCGCGGAUCCGAGGGUUGUUCGGGCUUGCGAGUUUGGCCAAGAACAGGGCCCGAUCUCACCCUGCUGGGGCCCUCCCGCUGAAUUUCAGGCUGGGGCGGGCGUAGGAGGAGCUCGAGAGUAGCUUAAAAGGUGGGAGGGAGGGCGGAUAGGCCGCUGGUCUGUGGGUGUUUCCACACCCUUUCUGACCGCGGAGGCCGGAGCGGCCCGUCGGAUCCUUCUCCCCUCCCACCGUGUGCCUGCUUCCUCUGAGUCUGGAUGGCGUCUCUUUGCACCAAGUAGUUUAACAGGAAGCGCUCGAGCGCUCCGCGUUCAGGACCGCACCCCCAGCGCCUCCCCGGACCUGGGAAAGCACUCGCCCCUGGCGCUGCUAGCCGCCACCUGUAGCCGUAUAGGCCAGCCGGGAGCCGCUGCGCCCCCGGACUUCCUGCAGGUGCCCUACGACCCCGCGCUGGGCUCGCCCUCCAGGCUCUUUCACCCGUGGACCGCCGACAUGCCCGCGCACUCACCGGGCGCGCUGCCGCCCCCGCACCCCAGUCUGGGCCUGACGCCGCAGAAGACGCACCUGCAGCCGUCCUUUGGGGCGGCCCACGAGCUGCCGCUCACACCCCCCGCCGACCCCUCGUACCCCUACGAGUUCUCACCCGUCAAGAUGCUGCCCUCGAGCAUGGCGGCGCUGCCCGCCAGCUGCGCGCCUGCCUACGUGCCCUACCCUACACAGGCGGCGCUGCCGCCUGGCUACUCCAACCUGCUGCCCCCGCCGCCCCCACCACCGCCACCCACGUGCCGCCAGCUGUCUCCCAACCCAGCCCCCGACGACCUCCCGUGGUGGAGUAUCCCGCAGGCGGGCACCGGUCCGGGGACCUCCGGGGUUCCGGGGGGCGGCCUCUCCGGCGCCUGCGCCGGGGGCCCGCACGCACCUCGCUUCCCCGCCUCAGCGGCCGCCGCCGCCGCGGCCGCCGCCGCCGCCGCCCUGCAGCGGGGCCUGGUGUUGGGUCCGUCGGACUUUGCGCAGUACCAGAGCCAGAUCGCUGCGCUGCUGCAGACCAAGGCCCCCCUGGCGGCCACGGCCAGGAGGUGCCGCCGCUGCCGCUGCCCCAACUGCCAGGCGGCUGGCGGCGCCCCCGAGGCAGAGCCGGGCAAGAAGAAGCAGCACGUAUGCCACGUGCCGGGCUGCGGCAAGGUGUACGGCAAGACGUCGCACCUCAAGGCGCACCUGCGCUGGCACACGGGCGAGCGGCCCUUCGUAUGCAACUGGCUCUUUUGCGGCAAGAGCUUCACGCGCUCGGAUGAGCUGCAGCGGCACCUGCGGACUCACACCGGCGAGAAGCGCUUCGCCUGCCCAGAGUGCGGGAAGCGCUUCAUGCGCAGCGACCACCUCGCCAAGCACGUCAAGACGCACCAGAAUAAGAAGCUCAAAGUUGCCGAGGCCGGGGUCAAGCGGGAAGACCCGCGGGACCUGUGAGCCUACCGCGGGGCGACUCGAGGCCUCUCCCGCCUGGGACUCCCUUUCCAGCCCCUCUUUGGGGAGGUUCCGGAGCUCUGUGGGCAGCUGGCGGAGGGAAGACCCAACAGGCUCUUGCGUCUUCCUUCUGCCCUCCUCCCAAAGCAACGCCCCGGGCUCCUAGCUUCCCUGGCCCGGCCUUCGGACAGGGACCCUGUGCCCCGGAGGAACAGGGGAAGUAGGGUGAGGAGCACUGCGUCACGCCAGGGCGGUUUCAAGCUCUUAACCAUUCCCACCGUCUAGGAGAUCUACAGUUUUGGGGGACCACACUGGGCUGACCUUGUAUAUAGGAAACACUGUUGAGUUAAAGCAGAAGGACCUUGGGAGAUUUGAAAUUGUGCUUUUUUUUUUUUUUUUUUUUUUUUUUUUUUUUUUUUUUUUUUUUUGCUAGGACCCGUCCGGGCUUUGUACAGGUUAUUUAAUAGCUUUGUUAAAGAAUAAUUAUAAUAAUUAUAACGUUAAUAAAAAUGUUGCUUUUGUCCUCAGCUCCAUGCAGAGCUACAGCAUGAAAUGUCUCUGUAAAGCAAUCCGCAGUUACAGCGUGAAAAUAAAUACGUUAACUCUGGGGUCACCUCGGGACCCGGCUGA